UCAAUAUCCGCGCUGCUAUUGGUCAGUUCCAGUCCAGUGUUUAUUUCCGGAAGUAAGUUAUUCUCAAUAGUGUCACAAUUUCCAUCAGGUUUAUCACACCUGUGUGAGUCUACGCUGUGAUCAAAGGUGUGUCCGCAUCUACAGAAUGGCACAUUGGUUUCAUAGAAACCCAUUGAAGGCGACUGCGCCCGUCUCCUUCAACUACUACGGAGUGGCAGGGAGUCCAGCUGCCAAUAAAAUAUGCAAUGACCUGAGGACCACCAGGGCCAGGCUGCUGGACAUGUUCACUGACAUCACCUGCACCCCAGAGAUCAUGAAAAAUGCAACCGAUGCAUACUUUUCACUCUUGCAGGCCUUUAUCACAUCUCUGGAUGGAAGCUCGCAGGAUAACAAGAUGCGGUACAUCCAGAACUUUAAAUGGACUGACACCUUACAAGGAAACACACCAAGUGCUCAGCAGGACAUGGUGUUUGAGCUGGUCUCCAUGGCAUUCAACGUUGCUCUCUGGUACACCAAGUUUGCUUCCAGACUAGCGGGAAAGGAAAACAUAACAGAGCCGGAAGCCAAAGACGUGCACAGGAGCCUAAAGGUGGCAGCUGGAAUUUUCAUAAAUCUCAAGGAGGUGCGCAUCCCUCGUCUCAUCACUCCUGCAGAAAAGGGCAGAGACCUAGAGCCCAGAGUCAUGGAUGCCUAUAUCAUCCAGUGCCAGGCAGAAGCACAGGAAGUAACAAUUGCCAGAGCCAUUGAGUUGAAACACAAGGCGACACUUAUUGCAGCAUUGGCUUAUGAGACAGCCAACUUCUAUCAAAAAGCUGAUCACACACUGAACACUCUGGAGCCAGAAUGUAGUAGCAAAUGGAGGAAGUACCUGCAGCUCAAGCAGCAUUUCUACAUGGCCUAUGCUUACUGCUAUCAUGGACAGACACUCUUGGCUGAUGACAAAUGUGGUGAGGCCAUUCGAUCCCUUCAGGAAGCAGAGAAAUGUUACGCCCGGGCUGAGUCUCUGUGUAAAGAGUACCGUCAGACCAAAGGCCCUGGGACCACGGCUAAACCCUCCGAGCAGCUGUUCUUCAUCAAACUGGGAGGACUCAUUAAGAACACUUUGGAGAAGUGUCAGAGAGAGAACGGAUUCAUAUACUUCCAUAAGGUGCCAGCAGAGCCCCCCACGCUGGAGCUAAAGGCCAGUUAUGGUUUGGCUGAGCCGGUUCCCUUCGAGCUGCCCCCUCUGAGUGAGCAGUGUACUCCGGAGGUCUACGCCACAUUUGACCUUACGAGAGGUGCCAAGAACGAUAAGGGCAAACCUAAAGACGAGGAGGUGAAGCCUGUGAAGGAACCCGACCUGAAGCCUCAGAAGGACACAGGCUGCUCCAUCUCCUAAACAACCUCCCCCCUCCUCCACAACCCCUCACCUCCAACUUGUGUGUCCCACUAUUGUCACGCCAGCCAUCUUCCUUCAUAUAAACCAUAGGAACGUGAGCUUUGGCCACAUAUUCUGUUCUUACUCAUGUAUUUGAUCAGAAUUAGUCUAUUACACUCAAUUCAAAUUAUGUGACCACAAAAUAAGGAUGUAACAAAGCUUUGUUGAAUUAAUAUAACAUAAUAAAUUAAAUCAGUUUGAUAUGGUUAAGCCUUAAGCAUUCAAAUAACAGUGCCUUGGUCUUUCUGGCCUUUCAUUUGGCACUGGCACACAUUUUAAAAGUAAAGUCUAUUGUCAGUUGAAAAAAAUGACACCAUGACCAUAUUUUCCUUUAGUAUUUUAGAUAUUAAAACACUAUAUAAAGUAUCUACAUAGGAGUAAGAUUAGUCUAAACCAGUGUAUUUUUGGUGAUGAAACUGAAAGUUUACUAUUGUCAACUGAAUCUUAAUGAUGUAAUGCAGCAGUGACAUUUCUAGCUGUAGCAUUUCACAAUUAUUGCAAUUAUUCCACUCCACAUGUAUGUAGUUAUGCCCUGUUUCAACAACAAGGACCAAAAACUCAAAAAGUAUUGCAAACUUGGCCUAUUUGAACUUUUUUUUUGUGAUCAAUUUUUUAUUUGUACUAAAAUUGAACUCACAUUUAUUUUCUAGUUUAACACAUUGUAAGCAAAGACCAAUGAUCUAAUGAGUGAAUAACAGGAAUAUUAUUAAACUAAAUGAGCUGAAAUUAAAAUUCUGAGUUUGUUGAACCCACUUGGUAAAACAGGGCAUAUGUGUAGUUUUGUAUAUAAUAUAAUGUUACUGGUUUCACUUAUAUUCAUUUAAAACAAAACUAUGUAGUAAUUUUUAGCUUUUUUUUUUAUUUAUUUCGUAAUUCAUUGUUUUACCUAUCCUUACAUAUACUUAUAAUUACAUUUCUUAAUCAUGAUUUUUACAUGGCCUAUUUUACUCUUUUACAAAACUACAUGCAAAACCUCCUGCAGCACUCUUACCAUGAGUAUGUACUGUAUAUAAAAGCAAUUGGAGCAUAAACAUUCAAAGGGAGGACUUAAAAAUAUCCACGCUGCAUGUCUCCAGAUUAUAAAACUAAUUGCUGGAAGCUUGUAUAAACUGUAUCAUAUUGCAUUCAUUGUUGUUUGUUAAUCUAAAAACCCACUGUAACGCCUUUGCACUUUAAACUGGUCUACAUUAUAGAGACUGUAGUGAGGAUCUGCUAAAUAUUUGCUCAGAUAUCAUUUAUCUCAUUAUAACAUUUCAAGGUUCUCAUAAUUGCCGUUUUCCAGACAUGGAAAAUGAGAAAAAAGGCCAAAUGUCCUGAAAAAUAUAUAUUUUGUCCUUGACAGUUUCUCCACACUUUGCUGUAUUAUUGGAUAUCAAAAUAAUAGAAUUUUUACUACCACCUAUAAGAGCAGUUUGCUUUUUAAAGAAAAAACAAAACUCUAAAAUUCAAAAAUGUGGAAACCCUGAAAAUGUGGCAAUCAACAGUUUCCUUUUAAUGCUUCUCCCCAUGUUUUUUUGAAUUAUCUGUGUACAUCGUCUUAUUCAUCUAUUAGCGUCCUUCUUGUAAGAUUGAUUUUUGAAGGUAUUAAAUCCAGUGUAAAACUAAAA